UGCGACAUUUUUGGUCUUUCCCUCCCGUCCUCACUUCCUUCCUUUAGCCCUCACUCUCCUCUUUGCCUAUCGCUCUGCUGAACAAACAAUGGCCAGGAAAACAACAGAAGAAGAUAAAGAAGAAGAAGAAGAAGAAGAGGAAGAAACCAUAAAAGCAGAGGCUCUGAAACUGAAAACCCUAGCAGAUGAGAAGUACCAGCUCUCCAACCCCAAGUCCGCGCUAAAAUACGCCAGGAGAGCCCAGCGCCUCUGUCCUCACCUCAACGGCAUCGACGAAAUGAUCACCGCUUUACAAAUUCUCCGCGUCGUCUCCUCCAAGAAAGCCUCCGACGACGACGACGACGACGACGAAGCUCCCCCUGUCGACUGGUACAGGAUCCUCCAGGUAGAGCCUUUCUCUCACAUUAACUCAAUUAAGAAACAGUACAAGAAGCUCGCCCUAAUUUUGCAUCCCGACAAGAGUUCAUGCAUUGCCUCCGAAGAGGCCUUCAAACGUGUUGGCGAAGCCUUUCGUGUCCUCUCCGACAAAGUUAAGCGAAAGGAGUACGAUCUUAAGCUUCGCAUGGCGUUACAGUUGCGGGAGGCCGCAGCGACGACGGAAGCAGCGGCAACGGAGAAGACAGUUGGGACUUUCUGGACUGCUUGCUCCACUUGCAGGUUGUUUCAUCAAUUCGAGAGGCGGUAUGUUGGGCAUAGUCUUGUUUGCCCUAGCUGUAGGAAGAGCUUUUUGGCUGUUGAAGUUACUCCUGUUGGUGAAGCGGAGGAAGAUGUGGAAGUCGACGCUAGUAGGGUUAGGACUAGGACUAGUGCCAGGGUUUCUUCUUCACAGAAGCAGAAGAAAGAGAAGGAGAUUGAGAGGAAGGUUUCUUCUGAAAGGGUGGGACGCGGAAGUGAGAAGCGGAAAAUUAGUGUUGGCGAUAAAAUACUAGAGUCUCCCAGUCCUAAAAAACCAAAAACCAGGGGCGAAAUGACUUUGGCGGAAAUGCAAUUGGUGGUUAAGAGGAAAACCCAAGAGGAAAGGAUGAAGUUGAAGGACAAGUCAGAGGAGAAGGAUAACAACGUGAAAGGCAGGGCUGCGGGGUCAAGGAAUACAGAUUUGGAAAUGCUAAAAACAGAGCAAUCGGAUUUCUCUGAUAUUGAACUUAGUGCUAUGAAACGGAAAGCCCAUAUAGAAAAGUUGAAGUUGGAGGGAAAGACACAGAGGAAAGAUAAGAAGGAGAAAGAGCAGACCAAGGCGAAGGAGAAAGAGACAGAGAAGGAUAAGUCAGAGGAGAAGGAGAAAGAGAAGAAUUGGACAAAAGGGAAGGGAAAAGAUGUGGGUUCAAAGGGUAGUGAUCUGGAAAUUAUAACACAAGUCGAUUCUGAUUCCUAUGAUAUUCAAACCAGAUCGAAGCGGAAAGUCCAUGAGGAGAACAUGAAGAAAAAUGAGAAAGACAAGGAAGAGAAUGCAAAGGCAAAGGUGAGAAGCAUGUCUUUAAAGAGUGGUGCUUUGGAAAGUAUGACACCAGAGGAUUCUCAUACUUGUGAUAUUGAAACUAGGACAAAGCGGAAAGUUCAUGAAGAGAACAUGAAGAAAAAAGAGAAAGACAAGAAGGAGAAAGCAAAGGCAAAGGUGAGAAGCAUGUCUUUGAGUAGUGGUGCUUCAGAAAGUACAACACCAGAGGAUUCUCAUACUCGUGGUAUUGAAACUAGAACAAAGCGAAAAGUACAUGGUGAAAAGAUGAAGACAAAGGGAAAGACCAAAAAUAAAGAUAAGGAGGACAAUGCAAAAGCAAAGAGUAGAUCUUUGUGCUUGAAGAGCAGCAAUUUGGAAAUAAUGGCAGUGGAUGAUUCAGAUUUCUAUGAUUUUGACAAGGACAGGACAGAGCGCAGUUUUAAAAAAGGUCAGGUAUGGGCUGUUUAUGAUGACGAUGAUGGAAUGCCUCGACAUUAUGGCCUGAUUGAUGAAGUUGUGUCAGUGAAUCCUUUUGAGGUAAAGAUGAGUUGGUUAGAUCUGCAGAGUAAUGGAGAUGGAGCUUUGAAUUGUUGGGGGAAAUUGGAUUUCCAUACCUCAUGUGGAAGAUUCAAGGUUUCCAGGAAGGAUUCCAUUGGUUCUGUGAAUAUCUUUUCUCAUCUUGUGGAGUGCGAAAGAGCGGCAAAGGAAAUUUACAGGAUAUACCCUAAAAAGGGUUCAAUAUGGGCAGUUUAUAAUGAUGGAGUUUUUGGUGGGAGUGAAGGGAACAUGUUGCCUUUGGACAAGCGAUAUUACAGCAUUGUUAUAUUUCUCACAAGUUACAGUGAGAUGCAUGGGCUGAGCAUGGCCUACCUUGAAAAGGUUGAAGGGUUUAAGACAAUCUUUAAGAGGCGAGAGAUUGGGUGUCAUGCCAUUAGAUGGCUUGAGAAAGAUGAUAUCCAUUUGUUCUCGCACCAGAUUCCAGCAAGGAAGAUUUCAGGUAAGGAGUCCCCAGACCUACCAAAAGACUGUUGGGAGCUUGAUCCUGCUUCACUUCCUUCAGAUUUGCUUAGCAGUGAGGGAGAAAAUUUUUUAUUGGAGAACUGUGGUUUACCUUAGUAUCACUGCUUUUUUAGUCAAUGGAUGGAAAAAGAAACAUAAACUUGUUUGGAAUGCAUACAAUUUUGUCCAUUGUGUAACAAAAACUAAAGGUGGUUUUCCUCAAUUCUCAUAAAAUUGUCAAUUUUUCCGUUUAUGAUUUUACUUUUUAUAGUAUCUGAUCGUCGAUUGAUCUUUGAUGAUUAA